AUGGUCAAGAAGUUCUUGAAGGGUCUUCCGAGACACAAGUAUAUCCAGAUCGUAGCAUCACUUGAGCAAGUCCUAGAUCUCAACCCGACGGGGUUUGAAGACAUAGUUGGAAGGUUUAAGGCGUACGAGGAGCGUGUAGGAGAAGAAACUCAGAAAGAAGACCAAGGGAAGCUGAUGUUUUCGAACAAUGAAGAGCAUAGUCAGAGGGGCUAUGAGAAUUCCUGUGGUAGAGGAAGAGGACGGAACGGUAGAGGCAGAGGUCAAGGUAUGUCACACAACCAAAAUUUUGCGUCACACACUGAAGAUAAUAACUCAAAGAAGAAUCGUUCAAAGCUGAUAUGUUGGAGAUGUGACAAGCUUGGUCACUACGCAACUGUCUAUCCCGAGAAGACAAAGAAGAAUCAAGAAACCAACCUAAACGAGACAGAAGAGGCUGAUGCACUCUAUGUACAUGAGGUGGUGUUUUUGAACGAGGAUAAGGUGAUUCCGAAGAAUCUUGAUAUCGACAAAGGCAAUGCAAGUGUCUGGUAUUUGGAUAAUGGAGCGAGUAAUCACACGACGGGAACAAGGAGUUCUUUUCGAGAAGGGGUGUGGUUACCUUUGUGUGCAAGACUGGAGAGAAGAAUGCACUCAAAGACAUACUACAUACUCGACCUGAAGCACAAUAUAUUGAGUCUUGGGCAAGCAACAGAGAACGGAUGUGAUGUUAACAUGAAAGAUGUCUACUUAACACUCACAGAUUCACAUGGAAGGUUGCUAGUUCGUGUGACAAUAUCUGGACAUAAAUGCUACAUGGAGGUGGCAUGCUCGGCUAGGACAUAUAAGCUAUGGAGUGAUGAACAACAUGGUAAGGAAGGAGAUGGUCGUAGGAAUGUCGUGUAUAUGUGGCUUAUGCUAUUGAAGGAGAAGUUUGAGGUAUUCAAUCGAUUCAAAAGGUUUAAAGAGAGUGUAGAGAAGCAGACAGGCUCAACCAUCAAAACCUUUCGCACCGAUAGAGGAGGAGAGUUUACCUCAGCUGAGUUCAAUCUAUUCUGUGAAGAGAAUGGAGUUAAAAGGCACCUAACCGCGCCUUACACACCUCAACAAAACAGUGUUGUGGAGAGGAGAAACCGAACCUUGAUGGGAAUGACAAGAAGUAUGCUGAAGGCAAUGAAGAUGCCGAACUACUUGUGGAGUGAAGCUGUACGACAUUCAACUUACCUCAUCAAUAGAGUUCCUACAAAAGCCUUGGAGAAUCAGACGCCAUACGAGUGCCUCACGUCAAAGAAACCAAAUAUCAAGAACUUGAGGAUAUUCGGUUGUGUAGCUCAUGCGAAAAUUAUUGGGCCAUAUCUGAAAAGUUGGAUGAGAGAUCAAAGAGUAUGGUCAAUCUUGGAACUGAGCCGGGUUCCAAAGCCUAUAGACUCUAUGAUCCAGACACAUGGAAGGUGA